AUGGGAGCGGCGCUGGCAGCCAGGACCCCCAUUUCCUCCGGCAAGUCCCUGCUCCACGUAGGAAGCACCCAAGACUUCGCCCAAGAAAUGCAAUCCCAGGCCUGGUGGCUGCUCUCUGAGCAUGCCCAGGCAUCACACCCUGGCAGUGGCCGGCGGCGAAGGGCGGGGGAGGAGGAGGAGGAGCGAACCGGGCUUGGGGGGCGGCUGCACAGUCUCCGGGCUCCUCAGGCCUUGAGGGGGUUCUGCGCGCGGCCGGCUGGCUCUGCCCCCCCGUCCGGUCCGGAGCGGGCCUCCCUCGGGCCAGCCCGAUGUGACCGGGCCCAGCGGAGCCUGAGUAAGGAGCCGGUUCGUCGCGGAGCCGGAGGGCGGGAGGAACAUGACAUCGCGGAGAUCCUGCAUGUCACAGUGAAUGUUGACGAUUCCUCAUGCUGCAACUAA